GAGGAAGCUAUCAAGGUACCAUGAGGGGGUCCAUUUACACAUUAUUUUGAGAGAAAUGCCAAAUAGGCUAUCCCCUCACUCACCCUCUCCCAUUAUUUCGGCCAAAGAGACCCAAGAGAGAAGGAUAGCUCUUGCAACCUCAUCCUCCAUAGCCAAGAACUGAACUCAAGCAAGGAAGCUCCAAGGAGGAAGAUUAAAGGGAGAAAAAGGCUAGGAAAAGUGAGAAAGAUUAAGGAACUUGAUUUAGAGUAUCUUUGAGCUUCGCCGGAGUCUCGCCGGAGUUGGUCAAAGUUGGCCGGAGUUGGUCAAAGUUCACCGGAAUCGGUCAAAGUUCAACCGCGGAGCGUAGAACACGCUUAAGCUCACUUAAGUUUCAGGUAGGGAGUAGAGCUUGCUACUACCGUUCGUUGCUUCGGGAAUUCAAGGAGGAAGGCGGGGUUCGUACUUCUCCUGUUUCUGUUUUGAAAACAAUUUAAAUAAUGCUCAUGGAUAUUAUUUCGAAUAUUUAUUUGGGGGCUUGUAUGCCCGUGGUUGCCACGUGUGGCUCGAAUAUUUGUAAUUAUGUUUCCGCUGCUUAAUUAAAUAUUUUACGUUAUGAUUGUUUAUGGAUGUACUAUGUGUGAAUGGUAUUCAAGACGCCUAGUAUAGUAUGGAUGAGUUGGACUGCGGUUGACUAUUCGUACUGUACGGCGGGUUGUUGACGUGUCCGGUAGGUCCGGGGCGUGACAGCUGGCGCAGCAGCAUUUGGUGGCGGAGGUCAACGGCUUCAAGCCUUCAAUCCAGAGCAGCGGCGAAGUGGUCUUGGCGAUGAUCGAGAACAACGAGUGGGGGAGUUGGGGGAUUUCUUGCACAUGUCUAUGACGCGCAGGGGGAGUUGGGCGGAUGUUUUUGGGCUGGAUGUAAAUGUGUAAUACUAAUUUUUUUUGGGCUGGGGUAUAAUACUAUUUUUUUUGGCCCUUCAAAAUUCCGGGCCCUGUGCGGUUGCACUGGGCAGACAUGCCCUGGGCCGGCCCUGGUAAGCAGACAAGAGAAAUUAACACUGCUGCAACUACCAAGAGAUCGAGAGGUAGACCGCAGAAAACAACAUCUUCUGCUACUACGCCAUUUAUGAGUACUGGAGAAAAAAAGAAAGUAGUCUCACACCGUCAAAGGCCCAAACCUACUUCACAGUUUGAUGGUGAGUUUGGAGUUACUGCAUCCCAACCAACUUCAAGUGGGCUAAGAAACACAUUUUCUAUUUCGGGUUGCUCACAAUUUGAAGGACAAUCACUCCUAGAGAAAGCAACAAAUUUAGAAGAAAAAAAUGGAGGAAGUGGUUCCAAAGCAAAGGGUGCUUCAAAAAGAAAAUGAUGACUCACUAGUUAUUUUUUUUAUGUGACAAUGUAAUCUUCAUUUGAAUGAUAAUCACUUGUUACGGAUGUGAUGCACACUUUUAAGUGUUGUGACAAUCUUUUACUUUGUUGUGUUUUAGAAUGUUGUGUAG